GUUCAUUCGAGCAACAAGAAUGGCCAGCCUCCGACCCUGCAGGCGUCAGCUCUGGACCCGCUCCCAAACUUCGUCUUCAACCUUUCAAGUUCUACGCUCUCUCUACAGCGCUACUACUUCGCAAGAUCGAGAACAAGCCGGCCAAGAUAAUUUCCACAAAUGGGUCACGCUGCCUCCUUUCUCGCCUCAAAUGGACGCUUCCUCUAUCGGCAGAGAGAUCGCGGGUCGAAACCCGAUAGGGAGAGGAGAACCCAUUACAGCCCUGAAGUGGGUUCGCCGCUGCUGCCCUCAGCUGCCAAUGUCUCUCGUUCAAAAGCUCUUCAGGUUGAGACAGGUUCGCAAGGAGCUCGCUAAUUCGAACCAACUUUUCACAGAAGAAGAAGUCAAACAGAAAAAAAUUAAAAGGGUCUCAGCAAAAGAUACACUGGAUUCAGGGGAUGUCAUCCUUUUACCUAUUACUGUCCAAGAGCUUGUACCUGAAACUAAAGAUUCGUCUAGCAAUGAGGAUGAAGUUAAAUUCAUGCGGAGCCUUGUAUUAUAUAAGGAUCCGGACAUCAUUGUGCUCAACAAGCCUCCUGGACUGCCUGUCCAGGGCGGUGUUGGCAUCAAAUACAGUGUAGAUGCAUUAGCUGCCAUGGCCUUGAAAUAUGAUUAUUCGGAACCGCCUCGACUGGUACACAGGCUAGACAGAGAAAGCAGUGGGGUUCUCGUUUUGGGUAGGACUCAAACCAGUGCUGCAAUUCUGCAUUCCAUUUUCCGUGAUAAAACAUCUGAAGUUGAGUCCAAUGAUGUCAAUGAUGUACAAAAAGUAUUGCAGAAGAAGUACUGGGCACUUGUUAUUGGAAUUCCGAGGCUUUUGAAGGGACUAAUAUCUGCCCCUCUUGCAAAGAUUGUAUUGGAAGAUGGGAAAUCUGACAGGAUCACCAUUGCUAGAGAUGUAUCCACACCCUCGCAGCAUGCUUUGACUGAAUAUAAAGUGAUAAGAUCUGCUAACGGUUAUUCCUGGCUAGAGCUUCACCCUCUUACUGGAAGGAAGCAUCAGCUCCGAGUUCACUGUGCUGAAGCUCUAGGAACUCCAAUUGUCGGAGACUACAAGUAUGGAUGGAAAGCACAUCGAAACUUGGAACCUGUGCCCAGUUUGCAGUCAGAAUUCGAGCACGAAAUGCUUCCUUUUGGUUUAGAAUCGCAAGGUGGAAGCAUCUCUGAUAAGGAACCUCGGAUGCAUCUGCACUGUAGAGAGAUGACCUUGCCAAAUAUCGCCAGUGCUAUGCAACAGUUGGAGUCAUCGACGAAUCUUGAUUUGUCAAAGAUCGAUGUGCUUGAUUUGGUUGCUCCGGUACCAUGGUAUAUGAAGGAGAGUUGGGAGAUUCUGAAUUAUUGAUCUUGUUAGUGAGUUGAUAUUGAUUAUUUCUUAUUGUUGGAUUUAGCCAAAAGAAUGUUUUUGUUUGUUGAGGUUUGUACAGAUUGUACUCAAAAGUGGUGCUUCCUGUGUUUGUUGA